AUGUCGAUCUAUGCUUUUUAUUUCCUUUUUACUUCUGGAUGCUUCACAUUAUUUUCAAUUAAUCACCCCCGAUCUCUGGCCCAAGAACUGCAAAUCCCUGAAAAAGCGUACCCCUUUUGCCCCUCAGACUCCAGAGCCCCGGGAAAGCCUUCGCAAACAUCCCCUCUGCCGCUGAUCUCACUUGCUCACCCCUCCAAGCUGACGCAAUCCUCGGAGAGCAGAAGGCAUAGACUGAAAGCGCAGAAAAAAAGACAGGAAGAGAAUGCCGGCCACUGUCACGUGCACCAGUCUGCCCAAGGAGUCCCCGGAAGGGCCCCAGGGCCGCAGCGGGAGGCUUACCCUUACUGA